CAUGAAACCGUGAGAUCACGACCUGAGCCGAAACCAAGAGUCGGACGCCCAACCGACUGAGCCACCCAGGCGGCCCUCAGAGCUGGAGUUCUCUUAAGGAACCGACGACUGUUCGUGCCUCUCGCCCACCGCUCCUCCUCGAUGGGGAGCGCUCUGGACGGCCGCAGGGAUCAUCCAGGUGGUUGCUCCCCCGCUCAGGGCGGGCCAGCCUGGGGCCACAAGGGCCGUCUCUUCUCGCCCUGCCGCUCGGACCUCAGUGACACUCACUUGUGCCACCAUCUCCGGGGACUUGGCAGCGACCACGUGCACCACGCCCAGCUCCCGGUCAGUCCCGGAUGCUCGAGAAGCUGCGGACGUUUCCUGGUGUUUCUCCGGUACCAGUGUUACUAUGAGUACCCGCUGCUGACCUACCUGGAGUAUCCCAUUCUCACCGCACAAGAUGCCCUCCUCCUGCUGUGUGCCUUCCAUUUCAACGGGAACGUGAAAGGAGCAGCCCCGUACGUGGCCGUAUUUGUGGCCUCGUGGUUCGUCCUUCCCCUGCAGAAGUGGAUCAUGGAUCUGGCCAUGAAUCUAAGUACUUUCAUCAGCGUGGCCAGCAAGUUUGCUCAGCUCCAGUACCUGUGGAAGACCAGGGACUCAGGCACCGUGAGCGCCCUCACCUGGAGCCUCGCUGCAUACACCUGUGCAACAAGAAUAAUAACAACGAUAAUGACCACCGGCGAUCUUACGAUUCUUACACGUUUCGUGAUCAUGCUUGCUUUAAACGUGUGGGUAACCACCACGGUCCUUCGCUACAGGAAGACGGCGGUAAAGGCUGAGUAACAGAUGCGCUGCCCCUCCACACGAAGUGGAUUCCUAAUAACUGAAGCAAAGCUCACUGCUGAAUCAAGGUCUCUUAUAAGUUUAGUCAAUGGCUUCAGAAACGCUGAAUUGGAGCCAGAUGUAUUUUGGACAGGAGCCACUUAAACACUUGUUGAGAAAUGUUGAUUUCCUUCCCACUCCUCCCCUUUGUGAGGCGGAGGCAGGUCUCGGACACCUGCAAGUCGAGCAGUCAAGACCAUGCUUUUCAGCUUUCAGAAUCUUCUAAGAAAUAAAUCCUCUCUAGAGCACAAAUGAUUAUGAACGGAGUGGGAUUUUACUCAGUCAGAAGUGAAAUUGUAGUAAAUUACCAGGGUCACUUUCUGGGGCAGUUUUUUUAAUAUAGAUGUAACAGGAUGGCCUUGCUGUAUCAUAAUACACGAUAAUGCCUCCUUAGGCUAUAGUAAGGAUAUCGAGGCAAGCAAAAACGUUAAUUGGCUCAAGUUUAUACACCCAAGUAGUGCUGUAACUUCAUAUAGUGCCUUUAGUUCCUAAGGAAAGGUCGAUUGGCUGCAGUCUCUACAGCAGGAUGAGGCAGUCCCGAUGAGCUUUCUGAUUCAAGCACAAUGCUGCCAUCUUUAAGAGUCACACCUUUGAAAAACAAAAAUGUCCACUGAAAAUAGAUGCAGUAAAAGGUAUUGCUGGGGUGCUGUCAACUUCUUACGGAUUUUAUUCUUGUUAUAUUCUAAACGUGAUGUUAGGAUUACUGGACACUGCAUUUUACCGUAAAAGUUUAUAAACGCUAGAAUUUAAAAGCUCUUUCCCUUUAUAAUUGAAUGACAUUGUUAUACGUAAUAAGUAAAUGAUGUUUAUUAGAAAAUGUUUUAGUGUCCUAUGUAAGAUAAAUAAAUCAUUCUGUAGUUUUUAAAA